AUGGAGUGGUCUAUAGAAGCAUCGGACGUUGCGAUUUGGCUUGAGGGCGGCGGCUUUACUAUUAAAGCAAUAAGCAUGCCAGAAAUCAAAAAAAGGGGACACUUUUGCCAAGUUGAGUUCGACUCACAUGAAGACGCCAAUGCUGCUGUCACCAACCUCGACCUGCGAAAAAUGCGAGGGCGCCACGUCAAGAUGAAUUUAAACGAGCUAGAAACCUACUCUAAAAAGAGGGAUGCAUUGAAAGGUAGCAGCCUUAAAUCGGCAUCCACCCGACUUUGGGUUAGUGGUCUCCCACACGUUACCAAUAUCAACCAACUCGAGGAUUUUAUAAGAGAGCUUUUUCAUGGCUUUCAUAUUGAAUCUUUGAGCAACAUUCACGCCUCCAAAGCUCCUCCAAGUGAUAGUGACCCCAAUACCUACUACUGUUUCGUUGAUCUCCCCAAUACUGUGGAAGCCAGAACUGCCAUCCGCAUACUGAAUAAUCGUGAAACUUCUUGGGGCAUCGCGCGUGUGCGAUGGGCUUCUGAAGGGUUACAUGGGACACUUGAGUAUCGUGGAAUCAACGACGAAAACCGAGCACUCUGCGAGACGGAGUAA